ACCCUUUGACCCGAAAAACUGGCAAAAUGGCUGCUUUCGGGAAAAAGCGUGGCCAGGCACGCGCGCCGGAGGUGAAGUUUGCCCAACACCUGGCGGCGAACGAGAAAAAAAUACGGGAUAAAGCGGUGAAGAAGUUACGGCAAUGGUUGGAAGCAAGAUCCCAAGCAAGGGGCGGAGGAUUUGAAGAAGAUGACAUGCUGAAGAUUUGGAAGGGGCUGUUUUAUUGCAUGUGGAUGUCAGACAAGCCCUUGGUUCAGGAAGAGCUUGCCAACACAAUGUCAAAACUUCUCCACUGCCUGAAGAAUGAAGAUACAGUUUUCCUGUUUAUCAAAGUGUUCUUCAAAACCAUGAUAAGGGAAUGGAAUGGGAUUGACCACCUCAGGAUGGACAAGUUCUUCAUGUUAGUUCGAAACAUGGUGUCUCAGUGUCUUGAAUUCCUGAGACAGAAUCAGUGGGAUGCACGGUUGACUGACAGAUUCAUGACUAUCAUGAAGGAGGGACCCAUGUCUACCUCUACUGAGGAGGUUCCCAAUGGUAUCAGAUACCACAUUUGUGACAUCUGGGUGGAAGAACUGGAAGCAGUUGGAGGACAGGAGCUAAGUCCCCAGGAGCUACUACCAUUCCUGACACCAUUCUUCAUGAUACUCAAAGUGUCAGACAACAUGACCCUUCUGCAGAGUAUUGGUACCAGCGUGCUGGACGAGAUCAUCAGCAGGGCUGACUUUACAGUUCCUGCUAAACUGCAAGGAGAGGAGGAGGACGAGGAGACAGAGUAUGAUGAUGAUGAUGAUGAGGAGGAGGAGGAGGAGGAUGAGCAGCAGAAGGGAGAGGAUAAUGAUGAUGAUGAUGAUGAAGUGGAAGAGAAGGCCACAUUGAGGUUUGACCAUGCAGCCAUAGCAGACCAGUUAUUCAUGAUGGCCAGCCAGAAGGACACACGCAAUAAGAACAGAAGACUGAUGUACAGCUGGGUGAAAAAGUUUAAAGAUGCUGCCUCAGGCAUUUACCCAGAUCAGAACUUGCUGCAGCUGUUAGAUAGUGAGUCUGAUGAGGAUGAAGGGGAACAUCUGAAGAAGAAAGCCCAAAAGAAGGACCAACAUGUGCCCAUCAUCUCAACAGAGGAUGGGCAUGUAGAGGAUGUGAAAAAAAGAAAAAAGAAGAGAAAGAAGCAAAGUCAAAGGGCCAAAAAGGUAGAACAGUCUGGAGAGGGCAAAGAUUUGGAAAUGAACUGUCUGAGUGCAGUCCGAGGUGCAGAUAGGAAACAGUUGGGAGGUAAACAAGGAGAGGCAGGAAGAAAUGCAGAACAAAUGUUGGAUAAAGAACACAAAACAAAUGGUGAUACUGCUUGUGAUGCUGAAGUGGGUGCAAAAAGUGUGAAGCACAAGAAAAAAACAAAGGGAAAAGAGAAAACAGCAUCACAAAGUGAGGCACUUGUUGAAAGCACUGAUUCAAAGUUGUCAGUAGGUACAGGAAGGAAGAAAGAAAUUGCCAAGGGAGGUACCAAGAGUAAAGUAAAACCUAAAAAACGGUCUGCAUUCCAGGCAUACCUUGAUGAAGCGAAGGAAGAAGCUGUAGAGUCUGUGGCAAAAGUAGAUGACAGUUGUGUUGAAGUGGUUGUUUUAUCUGGCCCUGAGGAUAGUGUUGCUGAUCAAUCAUCUGAAGGCAAAGAACCUGGGAAGGUCCCAGGUGAGGCCCAGCCAUCUUCAAAGCUCCCUGCUUCGCAAACUAAGCAAAGUCCCAAGGUGAAGAGGAGGAAGAAGCGAUACUUUGAGGGAGCUAUUGAGGACAGUGACAACAAAGAAGAGAGCAUCAAUGAGUCCAGCCAGCUUAACAGUGGCAAGAGGCAGAAAAGGAAGUCAUCUUUACCUGAUGGCCUAGAUGAGGCAUCAUCCAGCCCAGUUUCACCAAAAAAGAAGAAGAAGAACAAGGAACACAAGGAAGCCUUUGCAUCGUUUGAGAAGUUUGCUGUGACUCCGCCAUCUUUCUUCAGGAAAGCUGCCAGCAAAGCUAUGCCCAGAUCUGAACCAAAAUUGAAGAAGACUCCAAAGAAGUCAUCAUCAAAUGGACUUCCUGCUCCCAGCUCUGAGCCAAUAGAAGGGAAAAAACGUGUUGCAUUCGCUCUGUCCAAGAACACCACACAAGAGUUUCGUAAGAAUGAGAAGAGCCUUGCUGUGAGCCCUGCACCUGUUGCCAUCCCCUAUGAUUCCUCUCGCCAGCCAGAGCAGGGUGUUUUGAAACCCAGCAGCACAACUCCCCCUGUCCGGAGAAAAGCAAAGCGCAGGGCAAUGGCAGCAGACUUCUUCUAGCUCAGCUGAACCAAGGAACUUUUUGAAAUGCAUUAUGCUAGUACCACUUGCACUUACAUAUACCACAUUGUACCUCCUGUCUUGUUAGAACUUGAUUAUAAUAUUAGUGAAAUAUACAUGUAAUAGAGAAAUAAGUUUUGACUUUAUCACCAAUGUCUUUGGUUCAUCAGGAUGAUGUAGACACAUUUUAGUUGUAGGUAGUCUAGUAAUCUUUUAUAACACCUGAGUUUGAAUCCACAUGGCAUAUACAAAAUAUAGUUAUAAGUAAUGCAUAAUGACAGUAUGACAAACCAGCAGCAGUUUGUCAGCUGAUGGCUUUGCUCUAGCCUUCACAGUAAUAUACAGAAAGCACAUUUGUACCAUCUUGGACCAUGCAGUUAAUAUAGGUAAUUGGCACCAUGAAAUUAGGUUAUCGCCCAUGCAUUGCUCCGCUGAUUCUAACUCUGAUUUGUUACUGAACAGCAUACUAUAUUAGGUUGAUUACAACUUAUUACCAUGUACUAUUUUGUUAGCAGUGGCCUAAAGUCUUCUGUUCCUGCAGCUAGGUAGUCCUGUGUUGCUGUUGAUGCCAUCAAAUAAAUUUAACAAGCAAUACACAGUAAUUUCUGCAAUGUGACUGUACCAGGAUGCUGUUAAAUCAUUUUACUUACAUUACAAAGCCAAUCUGUUACACGAGUUUGAUACCAAAUUGAAUGAAAAAUAAACUUUCAAUUUGUAUACCAUGUCAUGGACACAAAGGUACUUUUGUUAAAGAGUUAAGGAAAGUUGACAUGUAAUAAAACCAUGCGUGUCAUGAACAAGAAAUUUUAGAUUUUCUAUUGCACGUUUACAAAAAUGUUGAGAAUACAGCUUUUCUCUGGUGUUUUAAUGGCUUCAUUGUUUGGGCCUACUAAGUUUACAUGGCUAUCUUACUCGCAUCUUCACCUUCCAAUGUAUUGGAACUGUAUCGUAUACCAGAAAAUACUACAUUAAUCACAUCAUGGAAUGGAUUACUCAUACACUAUCCUUCAAACUGGAACUCAAAUAUACCUCCCCCUCCUCCAAACUAGUGCCCCAAACCCAUAAAUAUUUAUUCACUUUACCCUACUUAACUUUACUUACUUAUGCCUACUGCCUUUCCUCGGGCAUAGACUAUGGGUACUUCAAUUUGAAAUAACAACAAAAAAAUGUGGACAAGGACAAAUUUACUGAUUUCAUGGCUUCAUCACAAGGAUAUCUUUAACAUGUUCCAACAAUUAAACAGGGAUCCUAAGAAAACUCUUCUUAUUCCUAACAUGAGCACAAGUAAUAUGUAUAAAUUUUAUUAAUUCUUUAGACAUGUAUAACCAGGGAGAAAAAUACUUGAGCAGUAUACUGUGGCAAAACGUAGUGUCAAAAAGACAUCCUGUGUAGAAAUGACCAUGUCUAUAUAACAGUUAUGUACAUACAUCUGCAUAUUUUGUCCAUUUUGAUAGGCAGAGAGCAAACCUCUGAAUACAAUAUACCAGGUCCUCUAUUUUAAUAGUAAUGAUACAUUUACUUACUGUGAGUGUCUGAUUUUUUAUUUAGUAGCUUAUAUAACUAAAUUUCAAGCCCACAUCAACACUUUCAACAUUGCAUCAGUGGGCAAAUU